GUGGGCGGGGCGCCGCGCUAGGGUGCUUCGGCCCUGGCUGGAACUGAGUGGACCCGGCUGGGAGGAGACGCGGAGUUGAGUAUAGCUGGCGGGGCUGGCCGGAGCAUGGCGGACCAGAUCCCUCUGUACCCGGUGCGCAGCGCGGCGGCUGCCGCAGCCAGCCAGAGACGCGCGGCCUACUACAGCGCCGCUGGGCCGGGGCCGGGUGCCGACCGGCGCGGCAGGUACCAGCUGGAGGAUGAGUCUGCCCAUUUGGAUGAAAUGCCACUGAUGAUGUCUGAAGAAGGCUUUGAGAAUGAUGAAAGUGAUUACCACACAUUACCUCGAGCUAGGCUCACACGAAGAAAAAGAGGACUAGAGUGGUUUGUCUGUGGUGGAUGGAAGUUCCUCUGUACCAGUUGCUGUGAUUGGCUGAUAAAUGUUUGUCAAAGAAAGAAAGAACUGAAAGCUCGAACAGUAUGGCUUGGAUGUCCAGAGAAGUGUGAAGAAAAACAUCCUAGGAAUUCUAUAAAAAAUCAGAAAUACAAUGUAUUUACCUUUAUACCUGGGGUUUUGUAUGAACAGUUCAAGUUUUUCUUGAAUCUCUAUUUUCUGGUAGUGUCCUGCUCACAGUUUGUACCAGCAUUGAAAAUUGGCUACCUCUACACCUACUGGGCUCCUCUGGGAUUUGUCUUGGCUGUUACUAUUGCACGUGAAGCGAUUGAUGAAUUUCGACGUUUUCAGCGAGACAAGGAAAUGAAUUCACAAUUAUAUAGCAAGCUUACAGUAAGAGGUAAAGUGCAAGUGAAGAGUUCAGACAUACAAGUUGGAGACCUCAUCAUAGUGGAAAAGAACCAAAGAAUUCCAUCAGAUAUGGUCUUUCUUAGAACUUCAGAGAAAGCAGGUUCAUGUUUUAUCCGCACGGACCAGCUAGAUGGUGAGACCGACUGGAAGCUGAAGGUGGCGGUGAGCUGCACACAGAGGCUGCCAGCCCUAGGGGACCUUUUUUCUAUCAGUGCCUAUGUUUAUGCUCAGAAACCACAACUGGAUAUUCAUAGUUUUGAAGGAACAUUUACCAGGGAAGACAGUGAUCCUCCCAUUCAUGAAAGUCUCAGUAUAGAAAACACAUUGUGGGCAAGCACCAUUGUUGCAUCAGGUACUGUAAUAGGUGUUGUCAUUUAUACUGGAAAAGAGACUCGAAGUGUAAUGAACACAUCCAAUCCAAAAAAUAAGGUAGGCUAGAUUAAGGAUAAACUUAAUGAAUUAACUGGAACACUCUUUCUGGUUUUUGUAGUAAUAGAUGUCCUGGAGGUGACCUUCUUCAGUGGUCCAUAUUUUGUGCAUUUAUUUCUUUUCUUGUUAAUAAGCAAAAAUCUUGUCCCUCUCAGUCUGCGGGUAAACUUGGACAUGGGCAAAGCAGCAUAUGGAUGGAUGAUUAUGAAAGAUGAGAAUAUUCCUGGGACAGUUGUUCGGACCAGCACAAUACCAGAGGAACUUGGACGCUUGGUGUACUUACUGACAGACAAAACAGGGACUCUCACUCAGAAUGAGAUGGUAUUCAAGCGGCUCCAUCUGGGCACUGUCUCCUACGGAACAGACACUAUGGAUGAAAUCCAAAGCCACGUCUUCAAUUCCUACUUGCAGGUACACCCCCAAGCAAGUGGGCACAACCCAAGUGCUGCUCCACUGAGAAGAAGCCAGUCUUCAACCCCUAAAGUUAAAAAAAGCGUCAGCAGCAGAAUCCACGAAGCAGUGAAAGCCAUCGCCCUUUGUCACAACGUCACUCCUGUGUACGAAGCUCGCACUGGAGUCACUGGGGAGACGGAGUUUGCUGAAGCAGACCAAGACUUCAGUGACGAGAACCGCACCUACCAGGCAUCCAGCCCUGAUGAGGUGGCACUGGUGCGGUGGACAGAGAGUGUCGGGCUCACUCUGGUCAGCAGGGACCUUGCUUCCAUGCAGCUGAAGACCCCCGGUGGCCAGGUCUUGACUUACUGCAUCCUGCAGAUGUUCCCCUUCACCUCUGAGAGCAAGCGGAUGGGCAUCAUUGUCAGAGACGAAUCCACAGCAGAAAUCACAUUCUACAUGAAAGGUGCUGAUGUCGCAAUGUCCACCAUUGUCCAGUACAAUGACUGGCUGGAAGAGGAGUGUGGAAACAUGGCACGUGAAGGACUGCGGACUCUUGUGGUGGCCAAGAGGACUCUGACAGAGGAGCAGUACCAGGACUUUGAAAGCCGAUACAGUCAAGCCAAAUUGAGCAUCCAUGACCGGACCCUGAAAGUAGCUGCAGUUGUGGAAAGCCUAGAGAGGGAGAUGGAGCUAUUGUGCCUCACUGGGGUGGAGGACCAACUGCAAGCUGAUGUGAGGCCCACACUCGAGAUGCUGCGGAAUGCAGGAAUCAAGAUUUGGAUGCUAACAGGCGAUAAACUGGAGACAGCUACCUGCAUUGCCAAAAGCUCUCACUUGGUGUCCAGAACUCAAGACAUUCAUAUUUUCAGGCCAGUCACCAAUCGGGGAGAGGCCCAUUUGGAGCUGAAUGCAUUUAGAAGGAAGCACGAUUGUGCUCUAGUCAUAUCUGGGGACUCUCUGGAGGUCUGCCUGAGGUACUACGAGCAUGAACUUGUGGAGCUGGCCUGCCAAUGCCCUGCUGUGGUCUGCUGCCGCUGCUCGCCCACCCAGAAGGCCCACAUCGUGACCCUGUUGCGCCAGCAUACCAGAAAGCGCACCUGUGCCAUUGGUGAUGGAGGAAAUGAUGUGAGCAUGAUCCAGGCAGCGGACUGUGGGAUUGGGAUUGAAGGGAAGGAGGGGAAGCAGGCUUCACUGGCAGCGGACUUCUCCAUCACACAGUUCAGACACAUCGGCAGGCUCCUCAUGGUGCAUGGGCGGAACAGCUACAAGCGGUCUGCAGCACUCGGCCAGUUUGUCAUGCACAGGGGCCUCAUCAUCUCCACUAUGCAGGCUGUGUUUUCUUCAGUCUUCUACUUCGCAUCUGUUCCGCUGUACCAGGGAUUCCUUAUGGUUGGGUAUGCCACUAUCUACACCAUGUUCCCAGUCUUCUCCUUAGUGUUGGACCAAGAUGUGAAGCCGGAAAUGGCAAUUCUCUACCCAGAGUUGUACAAGGACCUCACCAAGGGGAGAUCCCUUUCCUUCAAGACCUUCCUCAUUUGGGUUUUGAUCAGUAUUUACCAAGGUGGCAUCCUCAUGUACGGGGCUCUGGUGCUCUUCGAGGCGGAGUUCGUCCAUGUCGUGGCCAUCUCCUUCACAGCACUCAUCCUGACUGAGCUGCUCAUGGUAGCUCUGACUAUCAGGACAUGGCACUGGCUGAUGGUUGUGGCAGAGUUCCUCAGUCUGGGCUGCUAUGUUGCCUCACUUGCUUUUCUAAAUGAGUAUUUUGGUAUAGGCAGAGUAUCUUUUGGCGCUUUCUUAGAUGUUGCCUUCAUCACAACUGUGACCUUCUUGUGGAAAGUGUCAGCCAUCACUGUGGUCAGCUGCCUUCCACUCUACGUGCUCAAGUACUUGAAGCGAAAGCUGUCCCCUCCCAGCUACUCCAAGCUGUCCUCCUGAGUAUGACAAGAGGCCAGGGUGCCGCUGUCCGGGUCAAAUGAGACGACGAUGGGAGGAAGCCCUGAGCAGAUGCCUGGCACACAGUGACUCAGAAGGUCUGUGUAGCACUGGUCCUUGGCCGGAUUGAAGAAAAGGACUGUUUAAUAAAGGAUCAUUAGACCUGA